UAUUGAAAUUGUAUCUUCUUCUUCUUCCUUCCCCAUACCGUAGAUUAAAAUUAAAACAGAGAUCUUUCAAAAGCUAAGAACUUGUGAUCGAUCAGCUUCAUCCAUGGAAUCUCAUUCGUUCCUAGACAACAUCGUCUUCUUCCUCUUACGUCCGCUUCUAGCCAUCUCAUUUGUCGUCUGCUUCAUCGCUCUUUGGUGGUUUCUAGCAUGGAAGCUUGUAUUAAGUCAUGUUCCUUUGGUUCAAGAGAUCUUUGGUUUGAAGAAGAAAGUUAUUAAACCCAAACCUGAGUCUCGUGGUCGUUUCUCAAAAUUCUACAAAAGUAUUAGUUCUCAGAAUCAUGUUCCCCAAUGAUAUUGUGAAUUUCAGAAGCUUCCAAAGACAGAACAAUCAAGAAGGAAGAUUCAAGUUUUAUGAUGUUUUGAUUCUUUUGGUGGGAUGUGUGCAAUGUAUGUAAUGUGUACUUUGUAUAGUGUUGAAGUCUUUCAAGCACAAACUGAUUCUAAACUGUGUUGAGAGAUGGUUUGAUUCAUGAA